ACAUCUUCUCUCCCCGUGUCUCACAUCUUAUCUCCCCGUGUCUCACAUCUUCUCAGCUCCGAGUCGCAAGUCGGCCAGGGGCGGCGUGGUGGCAGGCGAUGAGGUCGCCCCUCGCCACGUGCCUCCUCCUCCUCCUCGGCGUCUUCACGACGCUCUCCUGGCGAGCAGCUGCCGCGGAUGGCAGCAGAGCGACGGGGUUGGAAUGGGUCCGACAGGGCGUGGGUAGCGACGCGCUGCUGCAGGCGGGCACCAAGGACGAGGAUCUGGCCGGCGUGACGGAGUUCGAGUGGCAGUGUCUGUCCCCGCCAAACGCGUACACGAUCAUCGCGAGCUGGGAUCCCAAAAGGCCGGAUUAUGCUACGCUGUCCCAGAUGUUUGGAGGCCGCGCAAAACCCUUUGCUAAUGGAUCGCUGCAAAUCAGGGCCCUGCAGGAGAGCGACAGUGGGGCGUUCAACGUGGCUGUGAAGAGGGGAAUGAAAGUAACCAAUACCAACAUCAACUUGACCGUCUACGGCCCUCUCGCGGCGUCGGUGAACGGCAGCAAACCGGGGCCUCUCAAAGCCAACAGCGACAACGUGAGCCUCGCGUGCGAGGCCAAUUCCACGGAUGGCGUUAAAUUCGCGUGGCAGAUGAAUGGAGUGGAUCUGUCCCGGAGGGACUUGCUGGGCUACUCGCUGUCGGAGGACGGCCGCCUCCUCACCAUCGCUCCCGUGCUGCCGGGAGAUGACCACUCGGUCACCUGCAGCGCCUCCAACCCAUUCUUCAGCGCGCGGAGCCCAGCCGCGGAGAUUGACGUGCACGGCCCCCUCGAGGUGUCGGUGAACGUCAGCUGGCCGGGGCCCCUCAAGGCUGACAGCGACAACGUGACCCUCGCGUGCGUCGCCAACGCCACGAGGGGAGUGGCGUACGCGUGGCUGAGGAGCGGAAAGGUCCUGGACUCCUCGGAUUCCUCACGCUCGUCGCUCUCGCGGGACCAGACGAGGCUCACCCUGGCGCCGGUCACCACGGGUGACAACGUCACGAUCACGUGCCACGCGUCCAACGCAUUCUACAGCGCGGCCAGUCAACCCACGGUGCUUGACGUGUACGGCCCUCUCGCGGUGUCGGUGAACGUCAGCAAACCGGGGCCUCUCAAAGCCAACAGCGACAACGUGAGCCUCGCGUGCGAGGCCAAUUCCACGGACGGCGUGAGAUUCGCGUGGCAGAGGAACGGAGUGGCGCUGAGCGGCUGGAACCCGCUGGGCUACUCGCUGUCGGAGGACGGCCGCCUCCUCACCAUCGUUCCCGUGCUGCCGGGAGACGACCACUCGGUCACCUGCAGCGCCUCCAACCCAUUCUUCAGCACGCGGAGCCCAGCCGCGGAGAUUGACGUGCACGGCCCCCUCGAGGUGUCGGUGAACGUCAGCUGGCCGGGGCCCCUCAAGGCCGACAGCGACAACGUGACCCUCGCGUGCGUCGCCAACGCCACGAGGGGAGUGGCGUACGCGUGGCUGAGGAGCGGCAAGGUCCUGGACUCCUGGGAUUCCUCGCGCUUGUCGCUCUCGCGGGACCAGAUGAGGCUCACCCUGGCGCCGGUCACCACGGGUGACAACGUCACGAUCACGUGCCACGCGUCCAACGCAUUCUACAGCGCGGCCAGUCAACCCACGCUGCUUGACGUGCACGGCCCCCUCGAGGUGUCGGUGAACGUCAGCUGGCCGGGGCCCCUCAAGGCCGACAGCGACAACGUGACCCUCGCGUGCGUCGCCAACGCCACGAGGGGAGUGGCGUACGCGUGGCUGAGGAGCGGCAAGGUCCUGGACUCCUGGGACUCCUCGCGCUCGUCGCUCUCGCGGGACCAGACGAGGCUCACCCUGGCGCCGGUCGCCACGGGUGACAACGUCACGAUCACGUGCCACGCGUCCAACGCAUUCUACAGCGCGGCCAGUCAACCCACGCUGCUUGACGUGCACGGUAAGGAGGAGGCCCCUUCUAGUCGCCACACCACUGUACAUCCCGUUGUACUUCUAUAUCUUUGUCGAACUUCUUUCACACCGUACAUAACUGCUGUAUAUAUGUACGUAUAUACGUUGAACUCUCACACCAUACGUAGCCAACCAUGCUAAUCGGAUGUGCGGGAGUCGGCAGC